UUAAGGCCCCUUGCGUCAUCGCUAAGCAGCACAUGUACAUUCCUCUCGGUUGUCCGUAAUUGUGAAAUCCUGUUCUCUAUUAUUUAUUAUUUAUUCUGUUCUACUCUGUUCUUCGAUCGAAGGCCAUGUUCCGGGUUAUAGGAAGGCCCGUCCUGAGUAGCCACAGGCAUCUACUGAAGAAACGCUGUGUCAACACCCUCAGCGCUGCGUCGGUGCAGAGGGUCAAGGAAGGGGACAAGAUCCAUGGCUACACUGUGGAGAAGAUUUCUGCUAUUCCGGAAUUAUUUAUCUCAACCGUAUCACUACGUCACGACCAGACUGGAGCACAGCAUCUCCAUCUUGACCGAGAUGACAACAACAAUGCUUUCGGCGUUAUGUUCCGUACCACUCCAAUGGACAGCACCGGAGUCCCACACAUUCUUGAGCACACGGUCCUUUGUGGUUCUAGGAAGUUUCCUGUGAGAGACCCAUUCUUCAAGAUGCUCAACAGAUCGCUGGCUACUUUCAUGAAUGCCAUGACAGCAAGUGACUGGACCAUAUAUCCAUUUUCAACCCAGAACCAGCAAGACUUCAGGAACUUGUUGUCCAUCUACCUUGAUGCCGUAUUCUACCCACAGUUACGAGAGCUCGACUUCAGUCAAGAAGGCUGGAGACUGGAACACAAGGACCUCAACGACACAGAAUCCCCUAUUAUCUUCAAAGGGGUUGUCUUCAAUGAAAUGAAGGGUGUAUUUUCCAGCAAUCAAAACAUCUACAGACAAGCUCUGGAGAACAAACUCUACCCUAGUCACACCUAUGGUGUCGUUAGUGGUGGCGACCCUGCUUUCAUACCUGAUCUCACCUGGAAGGAUCUCGUUAACUUCCACCAAAGUCAUUACCACCCUAGCAACUCAAAGUUUGUUACGUACGGCAAUUUUCCCCUUGAAGACCACCUUGAGUACAUCAACAGCAAUUAUUUGAAGCACUUCUCUGCCAUUGACCCAGGCACUGCCGUUCCUUCAGAGACGAGGUGGACGGAGCCUCAACAUCAUUCCGUUACGUGUCGCAACGACCCAAUGUCCCCAGAUCCGCAGAAACAAACCACGGCCUCAGUAAGUUAUCUCCUCUCAAAGUAAGUGUUUUUCUGAUUUUUCCCGUGUUUUUACCCCUUGUUUUAUUAAUAUAUUAUCAUAA